AUGGGGGCGCAUCCCCAAGCCGAGAGAAUACACUUCCUCGAAAGGAUGGAUGGCGCUAUGUUUCGCUUCAUUGAUGAGAUCGCGGCAUGCAACCAAAAGGCCGUGGACGAGGAUCGCAUGGGACCCCCCUCGCAUCUGCAAGAGUAUCAAUACCUCUUCCAGAAACAAAUUGAGUACGCCACACUGGUUCAGAACCAAAUCACCUGCCAGUACGGGGAAGUGAGGUUCAUAUCCAGUGAAGCUCAAGCUCUCCAUCGGAAAAGGAGGGAUCCUGAAAACCGACUGCCUCAACUUAUCAGUGAGAACAUCUUGAAUGCGUCUAUACACACCGAUCCACAACUGGGAAGGAACACUCUGCCGACGUGGAAAACCACUACAGAUAAUCAAGGAGAAACCGUCCAGACCCUCUAG